AUGUGGCUCAGCGACGUCGAGAUGAGCGAGCGCAAUCGAGAACCCAUGAGCGCUUCGACCGACGCGAUCUGGGACGUUGCCCUGGCGGCCGGCUUCCCAAUCCUUGUCGACGUGGACGUUUCCUACCUGGAGAUUGCCCGGUGCCAUGUCACCGGCGCGGUACUCGGACAGGUGCAUGGAGCGGCCAUUGACCACGAGGUCCGGCAAGACGCAUGUCCCGGCUACGUGGCUAAGGUUGCGCAGGCGUACGAGGCUGAACGCAUCCCGGUAGCGACCACGACGCUUGGCCAGCCCGCUCGGCCAUGCUCUUUCCCUCGAUCUAUCUGCCCACAAGAACAACACCGUAUUUUGCCCAUCCAUAUCGUAUUU